AUGACAUGGCUCGCCGGUCACCCGCCACAUUGUCACUGCGUUGUGUUUGGCGCGCCCAUCACUGACCUAUGGGUCAGGGAUGGUCUCAGAAUGCCAGACAAGUGGCCUGCACCACCCCCAGACCCCCACCCCGCACGAAAUCUAUCCUCAUUUCCCCCAUUUUCUUCUCUCCCAUCGGGCUCUAGGCCGCCUCCCUCCCUCAGGCCAGCGCCCUUCCGCGCAAAGGCCGGCCUCCCGCCGGCGUCGUCCUGCCCCGCCGCGUCCCUCCCUCCCGCCGACGCCGGCCAGCCCCGCCGGCCGCCGCGUCCCUCCCUCCCGUCGGCGCCGGCCCGCGGCCUCCAUCCCUGCAGAGGCAUCAUCUCGCACCUCCAUCCCUGCAGAGGCAGCAGCUCGCACCUCCACGCCCACCACGCGACGCCGCCUCCUUCCGCCACACCAGCAGCAAGCUCCGCCGCGUUUCCUUGUACCAGCGGUGGGCAUGACCUCGUGGAGGAGCAGCAGCGGGCAGAAAUUCCACACGCCGGCGCCGUCCCGCGCUAUGGAGACGAAUCUUCUCCACGAGGUCGACCAGGCACGGGGUCCUCCGCCUCAAGGUCGGCGCCGGAGCUCCCUCACCGGAGCUGCCAGGGACGCGUCUCCACCUCUCCCUUGACGCUCCAGGAAGAAGAGUAG